CGCCGCCCGGCGCACUGGCCGCGCCCCACCGCCGGGGUGAGGGGUCAAGCCGGCUGGCGGGGGGGCUCGGCCUGCGGUGACGGGGGAUAAGGGCCUGGGGGGCCCGGAGUGAGUGGGAGUCGCCGCCGAGCGUCCGCGCACCGAAGGCCGGCAGAGGAGGGGCGCCGCACUCGGACGCCAGGACGCGGGAGGCCCCUGCGGAGCAUGUGGAAGCUGGGCCGGAGCCGGGUGCUCUUGGACGAGCCCCCAGAGGAGGAGGACGGCUUGCCCGGGGAGUUCCCGCCCGCAGCCGCGGCGGCGGCCGGCGCCCAGGUUCAGGGAGCAAGCUUCAGAGGUUGGAAAGAAGUGACUUCUCUGUUUAAUAAAGACGACGAACAACAUCUGCUCGAAAGAUGUAGAUCUCCCAAGUCUAAAGGAACUAACUUACGAUUAAAAGAAGAGUUGAAGACAGAGAAGAAAUCUGGAUUUUGGGACAAUUUGGUUUUAAAACAGAGUAUACAGUCUAAGAAACCAGAUGAGAUUGAAGGUUGGGAGCCUCCAAAAUUUGCUGUUGAAGAUGUGGCAGCUGAUUCAGGUGACACCUUGAGUGACCGUCCUCCUUGGCCAGGCUGGGAGGAGGACGCCAAGGGCUCCGGCAAGUACAGCAGCCUGGCCAGCUCUGCAAACAGCUCCCGCUGGAGCCUCAAGGCAGCCGGGAAGCUGGUCAGUAUUAGACGGCAGAGCAAAGGCCACCUGACGGAUAACUGGGAGGAGCUCGAGUGAGAGUCAGAGGACACGCCUGGGACAGAGGAGAACCCGCUUCCCAAGUACUUUGAAACCAAAAUUUGCCUAGUAUCAUGCCUGUG